GCCCCGGAGCAGGUGGCUCCCGGGCAGGGGCGAGGAGUGAGCAAACAUGGAACGGGCCGGGCUUCCCUGGGCGGCUCCUCUUCCUGUGGCGGCGGGCAGUCUCCUUCUCUCCUCUCGUCCUCCCAGCCCCUUCCCGCAAUGUCGGGCCACACCACCAACUUGCGGGUCAAGCUGCCCCUGCUCUGCGCGUCCCUGCAGCUCUCGACCGUCCUCCUGUUCGCGUUGUUCGUCCGGUAUGACAGCCAGACCAGCCCCAAGCUGUGGCCCGAGGAGAUGCAGCUGCAGAGCAAAGGCCAUCUGGACAACGAGUUCUACCCCCGCUACCCCAGCUUCCAAGACGUCCACGUCAUGAUUUUCCUCGGCUUUGGCUUUCUGAUGACCUUCCUGAAACGCUACAGCUUCGGCGGUGUGGCCUUCAAUUUCCUGAUCGCUGCCUUUGCCCUCCAGUGGUCUGUCCUCAUCCAGGGCUUUUUCCACGCCUUUCACAACGGCAAAAUCCACGUGGGAAUAGAAAGCAUGAUCAACGCCGACUUCUGCGCUGGGUCCGUCCUCAUCUCCUUCGGAGCACUGCUGGGCAAGACGAGCCCCGUUCAGCUGCUACUGAUGGCCGGGCUGGAAGUCACUCUCUUUGGCGUCAACGAAUACAUCUUGCUGAAUGUCCUUCAGGUAAAGGAUGCUGGGGGCUCUAUGACCAUCCAUGCAUUUGGGGCCUACUUCGGACUGAUGGUGUCCCGGGUCCUUUUCCGACCCCACCUGGACAAGAGCAGGCCGCGGGAAGGCUCCACCUACCAUUCCGACCUCUUUGCUAUGAUUGGAACGCUCUUCCUGUGGGUCUUCUGGCCAAGCUUCAACUCGGCUGUGACAGCCCACGGUGACACCCAGCAGCGGACGGUGAUGAACACCUACUUCUCCUUGGCCUCCAGCGCCCUCGCCACCUUCGCCGCCUCUGCCCUGGUGAAGCGGGGAGGCCGGCUGGACAUGGUGAGGAAGCCCCUCGGUCCGUGGGGAAAGGGCCCCCCCUCCUCUCCACUGUUAGCUGAGUGAGGGGCCAGGUUGAUGCCCCCCGCUGUUGGACAGCAGGACUGCUGACACCAAAGCCAGCCUGCCCUUGUGGCCUUGCCGGAUUCUGCAGCGGCUCCCCUGGUUUAAAAGCUGAGGGAGGGUCUUUCCUGCUGUGCUUUACAGGUCAUUAGGAGCCGCUGCAGAGACCCCAGGCAAG